AUGUCCACGAUCAAGACCUUCCUUGGCAACGAGGACUCCCCCGACACAUCCCAUGAAUUCAGUAAAGAUGUCAAGACCACAGUACAAGACCCAGAAUCCCCUAUUCAACGAGAAGAUGAAUAUGUUGGACACUUCGAAGAAAUUUCGACUGUCAGGCAAGGCCUUCAUCAGAGACACAUUCAAAUGAUCGCUUUGGCCGGCACCAUCGGAACAGGCCUCUUCCUCAGUUCUGGUCGAGCAAUUUCGCGUUCUGGUCCCCUGGGUGCCCUUCUAGGAUACUUGGUUAUGGGCUGUGUUGCUGGCACCGUAACUCUUGCGGUGGGCGAGAUGGGCACACUUGUUCCUUUGAACGGUGGAAUAGUCCGCUACGCCGAAUAUUUUGUUGAUCCGGCACUAGCGUUUGCCAACGGUUACAACGUGGUAUAUUCUUAUCUUGUAUCUAUCCCCGCAGAGAUUGUGGCCGCUGCUGUGUUAGUGCAGUUUUGGUCUGACCUCAAUAGCGCCAUUUGGAUCACUAUCUUUGGGUUGCUUAUGUUGUGUACCGCUUUGCUCUUUGUGAGAGUAUAUGGGGAGCUCGAGUUUGCUUUCUCCAUGAUGAAGAUAUUGCUGAUCAUUGGAGUGAAUAUAAUGGCUCUUGUGAUCACCUGUGGUGGCGGUCCUGAUCAUAAAACUAUCGGGUUUGAAUACUGGCGCAAUCCUGGGCCUUUAGUUCAGUACCUUGGGAUCGGUGGCGCUCUUGGUCGCUUUCUCGGUGUUUGGACAUCUCUAAAUAAUGCCCUUUACGCCUAUUCUGGGAUUGAAACAAUUACUGUUGCUGCUGCAGAGACAAAAUCGCCGAGGCAGGCUAUUCCAAAGGCCGCCAAGCGCAUUUUCAUCCGUAUAUUGGUUUUCUAUGUCAUCUCCAUCUUCAUGGUCGGCCUUGUCGUCCCCUCCAAUGAGCCUAGACUCAGUAAUUCUAGCGGGACAGCUUCUGAGUCUCCCUUUGUGAUUGCAGCUACUCUAGCUGGAAUUAAGGUAGUGCCAUCAAUUAUCAAUGCUGUUAUAAUCACGUCGGCAUGGUCAUCAGGCAACUCGAACAUGCUUGGAGGGACCAGAGUGUUGGUCGGGCUGGCGAUGAAUGGUCAAGCCCCAAAAUUCUUCACUCGACUUAACAGAUUUUCGGUCCCAUUCAUAGCUAUUUCGCUCUACGGUCUAUUCAUGUGUCUGGGAUAUAUGUCGCUCUCCUCGACUGCCAACACCGUGUUUAGUUGGCUACAAGACCUUGUCUCUAUCGCAACUCUGACCAACUGGAUCACUAUCCUGAUCACGUAUCUUCGUUUCUACUACGGUUGCAAGAAACAAGGAAUCUCUCGGAAGUCUUUACCGUGGGCGACGCCGCUGCAGCCAUAUAUCAGCUGGGCCUCGCUUUUCAUGCUCGUCAUCCUCCUGAUCACGGGUGGGUACUCAACUUUCAUUAAAGGACAUUGGGAGGACGAAACAUUCGUUUCCUCUUAUAUUAAUAUUCCUCUUUUCCUCAUCUUCUAUUUUGGGUACAAGUUUAUUCGCAGGACAAAGAUCGUCCCCUUGGAAGAUAUCCCCAUUCAACCCUUUAUCGAUAUUGCCAAUCGGAAUCCAGAGCCUGAGGCAAAGCCAAAGAAAGGUCUUCGCAGGCUGAACAUUUUAUGGAACUGA